AAUCGCUGCACUAUCUGUUGGACUCAAGUCGCCAGGGGUACACCCCCUGAAGAACCUAGAAAUACAUAUAGCAAACUCAUGCCUUCUCACACAGACUGAGUCAUUUGUAUAGGUGAGGAAAAUCGGCGCACCGUAUAUAAAUUCAAAUCGACAGGCGCAUCAGCGGACAGUUCCUAUUAAUUGGUGACCGAGUUUGGACUUACCUGUGGAAUCGCCAAGACUUCUUGUUGGGAAAUAGUUCUCCCAAACGGAAAACCUACGGAUUAUUGAGAAAGCUUGCUUGCCAACAUAGUGUGUUAUUAAGGAAUUACCUGUGAAAUAAUCAAUACCUCAUAACAAGGCACUUAGGGAACGAAAGAUACUUUUUAGGAAAUACCUCCAACAGAACCAAAGAAAGAGUAACCUAAAGAAAACGGAAGGAAACCUCUACGAGAUAUAAGAACUGCGACUGAUCUGGACGAUAGAAAAUUCGUUUUGAGAUCUAACAAAAUGAAAAACUUCUUGAUCAGCUUGGUGAUUUUUAUCGGAACUCUGUUGACCGCGUCAGAGGCAGACAUCUCAUCACCCAUCAUAGGGGUUCUUACGCAGGAAGUUUACGUAGAUGGGUUGAUCUCGAGACACUUUGACAACAAGACCAGCUAUAUAGCCGCCUCGUAUGUGAAGUAUCUCGAAGGUGCUGGAGCCCGAGUUGUGCCGAUUUGGAUCGGGCGCAAUCGCAGCUACUACGACGAUCUCAUGCACAAGAUAAAUGGAGUCUUGUUGCCCGGUGGAGCCACUUGGUUUAAUCAGAGCAAUGGGUACGCCGAUGCAGGCGAACACCUCAUCCACUUGGCCAUCGAACUAAACGAUCAGGGAGUCUUUAUGCCGGUUUGGGGCACUUGUCUUGGCAUGGAACUGAUGGUUUACAAACUGGCCAACGAAACUGAACACCGGAUUAACUGCGAGGGCACUGGAAUGGCCAUUCCGAUGGAGUUUAAAGCAGACUAUAAGAAGAGCCGCCUUUUUGCAUCCAUCAGUGAUGAUGUCGUCAACACCAUGGUCAAGGAGAAUGUGACCUAUCACUGGCAUCAGUUCUGCUAUACGGAAAAAGACUUCGAGAGGGAUCUUCUUAAUGAAACAUGGCGGGUUAUGUCCCUAAAUCAUGACUGGAAUGGCAUAGAGUUCAUUUCCACUGUAGAGCACAUAAAGUACCCCUUCUAUGGGGUACAAUUCCAUCCGGAGAAGCCGCUGUACGAGUUUACAAAGAAGAGCAUUCCUCAUACCGGAGCUGCUGUGUUGAGUGGUCAAUUCUUCGCCGAUUUCUUUGUGAGUGAGGCGAGAAAAAGUAACCAGAGCUUUUCGAAUGCCACGGAACAGGCGAGGACGCUAAUCUACAACUAUAAGCCGGAGUACACUUCGAUUCUGGGCUCCUCGUACAUACAGCAAUAUUUAUUUACCAAUGAUGAAAUGGAAAUUCCGGACAUCCCUGAUGAGGGCGGUGAUAACGAGGGGGGUAGUAGUGGCGGCUAUAUUCCCAUUAUUGUACCAGGCGGUGGCAGUUCUACCACUAUGCCUGUUCUUAGUGGAUUACUCCUGACUCUGGUUCUCUUAUCAAUUAAUUAAUUGGUUGCUUUGCUCGGCAAAUAAGUGACCAGAACUUUGAACUUUGCUUGGACUUUCAUAUGGUCACUUCAUUUAUGCACACGAUAUUUACGGAAUUAGUUUUCUUGAUCGAUUUUAUAACUUUAUCUUUCAAGUUAUCUAUGUGAUUGCUGAUCAAAAAGAAAUUGUCCUUGUUGCCGUGGGUGUCUCAAUAGGUAAUUUUAUGUUUGUAUCACUGGAUAUAAAGUAGACAUGAAGAGAUUAUAUGCGAAAAGCACUUCUACUAUCAGAUACUAGUUACUCAUAGCUAUUUAAUAAAAUGGAGAUGGAUAAUGCUAAGCAAAAUCCCAUCUUUAAGUGUGA